AAGUAGAUCCGAGCAAAGGCUUUAUUGCUUUUUAAAUUCACACCGCAAAUUCCACAAGCCAAAUCAGGUUCCCGCCAAAAAUUCACAAGCAAAAGACAAGCGGGAAUACACAAUGCAGAAAUCCGGCCAUGCUCAACCCAUAAGCUCCGGUACCCUUUCUUCUUCUUCUUCUUCUUCUUCUCAAAAUUUCCACAAAUUCAACUGCUUCUCUACAGAACAAUGGAUGCCCUCAACCCCUCACGGAUCCAGCGAAUCGUACUUCUUAUAGAUCUGCAUCCUCUCCUCGUCUUGGAAAACACUAAACCUUACGUUUCCAACGUCCUCGCCGCCGCACAACGGAUACUCUCCUUCCCGGCUAUAUCCUCAUCUCUCGCGGCUUUCAAGUUCUUCUUUUCCUCCCUCUCUCCCAUCCUCUCCACCUCUAAGCUUCGCCGCCUCCUAGGUAAAUCUCCCGCCUUCCUCUCCUUCGAUAGUCCCCUACAAACACUAGAUCACCUUAUAAGCAUCUUUAAUUCCGUAUUCUCAAUUCAAGAUCCACUCGAUUAUGACCGACCUGCUUGUUCUCGCGCGUCUCUUGUUGCUGGAUCGCUGCUCCAACUAGAGUACGACUAUGCAUGGGAGCCUCAAAUUCAACGCCAUAGAGGUAUGCUGCAUUCCAUAAUGAUUCGUUCCAAUUUAGUGGUGCUUUUUUCUCCGAUCCCUCAAUCACCCAGCUGCUUGUCUGAAUAUUUGAGUGAGGGGGCGUUGUUAGAUUCUGAUCGGUUCCUGAGGAAAUUCUUACAAAUUUUUGGCCUUGUCAAGGAACGGCUCGAGUCCAGAGAUAUCCAUGUCAGCUGGGUUGAUGUUAGUUUCGAACGAUUAGGCGAGGUAGAAAGGUUAGGAUUAGGUCUAUUCGAAAGCGGCGUGAAGGAAUUGGGUUGGGGAUGCUACAGGACUGAUGCGAUUGUUUUGGGAUCUGCGCUUGUACCAUUUGGCUUGAUAUUCCCACACAUAGGCUGUAAUAUGGGUUUAAAGUCGUUGAGCAGUUAUAUGAAGAAUCGCGCUGAAUUGAUUCUGGGCAUCACAGACUCCAGUGGGGCAACUCUAGAGUGUAAAAGUUGUGAUCUUGAAUUGGUUGUUUUAAAAGUGUUUGAAGAAUCCGAAAUGCUAUGGCUUUCUUUGGAAACAUGUGGGAGAGGCAGUAUAAGGAUUUUCAUUAGAGAGGUAUGUGAAGUAAAUGAGGCAACGAAGUCCACAGAAAACCCUUGUGCUUUAAUACUUCUGCACGGAAUUUCAAGAGCAUCUGGGAUAGAAGCUACUGGUAAUGCUAAAGAGGAAUUCAUUGCAGAUAAGGUUCUUAAAUUGCUUUGUGAUGAGCAGGGUGAACUGGAUGCAAGGAAACCUAUUUGGCAGCUUAUUCUAACUUUUCUCUAUAAUAGAAACUGCUCAGCUGUAGUUUCUGUUCUGGACGGUGAAGGGAACUCAUUUAAUGGCAUAUUGCAGCCUUUCACUUUGAAUUAUGCCUUACUUAACAUAUUUCCCUCAAAUCUUGAUGUUUCCUUGUCCGCCAAAGAUAGAGUUAAUGAUGAUAGAAGAAAGGGAAAAAAAACACAGGUGAAUCUGCCCCAUGAUGUCUCAUGGGGCACUUUCACAGAUAGAGUGUUUAGCCAGUCUGAUGGCUUCACUUCGGCAAUUGUCCUUGAAGAGUUAUACUUUAAUUUGCCAGUCGCCAGAUCUAAAAAGUUACGGUUUUUGAAAUGCUGGAUGAAACAGAUUAUUAAAUUAAACAUUUCUUCUGAUAGCGAACGAAACGGAGUAGAUAGCUCCUUAAGUGUGAAAGGAGUUAAAGAGGAAAAUCCAAGCUCGCAACAAAAUUCUGAACCUGUUUCUUCUGCUGGUGACAAUUGUUUGAACCAACCACCAGGUCAAUUGGCGUCAUCCUUCAUUUGCAGUGAAGACUCGAAUGCUUUCCUGGGAAGUAUUUCUCAGAAAAUUGAACAUGCUUUGUGCUCAAAGGAAGUUGACUUGUUUAUUUUGGCAGAGCGUCUUGUACUUAUGUCAAUUGAUGCACUUUAUAUUAAAUAUGGAAGGGAUCUGGCGGAGGAUCGUAAUAGGAGGAAAGAGCAAGACUUGUUUGACACCAAAAUAGCCACUGAAAUAUCUGAUCUUCUUUUGGUGAAACCUAAAGAUCUUGAACUCAAGUGCAAAAGCUCCACUUCUGCAUCUUCUACAGUAGAAAUAGCUUCUGUUAUUUGCAGCAAUGAAGAGAAAAUUAGGAUGCAUGAACUUCAAAUCUUGUUCAGAAUGGAGAUACUUCUAUCGAAGAUUGCAUCAAACUUCGAUAAGCAUGCAAAACAAAAGUUGAUAAAAGAUUGUUGCUUACUACUACGAAAUGUAGAGUUCCAUCUGCAUGCUGAUUUCUUUGGUGGAGAGAGUCUCCUCGAUUACGCAACAAGGACCAUAAAAUCCAGGUACGAGCAUUCUCUACGAGAUGUCAUUCAUGAAAUCUAUACUAAAAUGGAAUUCUUCUCAUUUGAUGGGAAUGAAUUGGAGGCAUCAGAUUCAGUACCUGCAAGCAAUGAAGAUGGGCUAAAAAGGGGCGACAAUAUCAGCAUGAACAGCCCAAAUUCUGUCUACAUGAAUGAACAAAAUAUGCUCAACCAGCAAAUCCUGAAUUGCACAGCUGAACAACAGCUGAUGGAAGCUAAGAAGAGAAGAAACAGGGCUAGAAGAUUCUCUUCUUUCACAAGUUGGGUACCGGAUUUGCAGAAGGUUUGGGCCCUCAGGCAUCCAAAGCUAGAGAAACAUGCACUUGAGACUAUUCUUCCCAAAGUUAAAGCUAAGAAAAGGAAGCGGCGUUCAUCGAUCGAUGACAGAGUGUGUGAAACACCUUGAUAAGAGAUCGGGUCUACAGCCGAGUG